AUGGAUUGGUCACCGUCUUCUCGAAGCGUGUUGGCGACUACUGGCAUAGACGGCCGCCUUCGAAUCUGGGACAUUGAUGCCAAUAGAUCAUCGACUAGUGGACACAGCAAUCUCCUACCUGAAAGUCAGCCCGGUCAUACUCGUCAUUUAAAAGCUUCUCAACACUUCGGCUCUCGCGCUGUGGUGGAGACUCCUUUAGUUCCAUCGGCCUAUCUGUUGGGCGUUAGCCCGUCUUCUGUCUGCCCUAUAAAGCCAGGAGUCAUUUUCAGUCGACUUCGCUAUACGGUAGAGCCUAUCCUUUAUAAUAUCAUUACACUUUACUUCACUCUGCUCAUUUGUCUAAAAACAAUGCUCACUUCGGCACUAAUUAGUCUCAUUUCUCGACACUAUUUCCCAUUUCAGCAUAUUCAUUCAUUUAUAAUCAUUUACAGACUUCGAAAGCUAUCUUGUCAAUAUUAA